CAACCUCCUCUUCCUCCAAUUGCUACCACCCCUCAAACAUUUUUCACAAACCACUUUCUUAAAAACAUUUUGUUUUCCCAAAACAUGGCUAGACCACAACAAAGAUUUCGAGGUGUUCGACAAAGGCAUUGGGGUUCUUGGGUCUCUGAGAUUCGCCAUCCUAUAUUGAAAACUAGAAUAUGGCUUGGUACAUUUGAAACAGCUGAAGAUGCUGCAAGAGCCUACGAUGAAGCAGCUAGACUAAUGUGUGGUUCAAGGACAAGAACAAAUUUCCCUCUAAACUCCAAUGUAUCGUCUUCAAAGAUUUUAUCACCAACUUUAACAGCUAAAUUGCAUAGGUGCUAUGUAGCUUCUUUGCAAUUGACUAGGAAAAUGUUAGUAGUUCCACCACCAACACAAAAUGUCAUGAUUUCCACAACAACAUCAACAAAUGGUAAAGCAUUGGAAAAUGGUAAUUCACAUGAGUUAUUUAAGGCUCUCGAAGAAGAUGAUCAUCAAAUAGAGCAAAUGAUUGAAGAGCUUCUUGAUUAUGGGUCUAUUGAACUCUGUUCUGCCACACACAAUACUCAAGAAUCUGCUGGACAAACUAUUUAAGCAUGUUAUUAUGUUGCUUAAUCGAUUAUUAUGAGAGUAUAGUCUAUUUUUCUCAACAUUCCAAAAUCUGUUUUUAGUAAAUCUAUUUCUCAAUUUGCUAACUUAACCAAUUAUUACAAUUUCAAU